AUGAACUUCUAUCUGGUGUGCUUUCCUGAGCUGGAUCUUAUCUCAUUCUUGAUUGCACAAUUUCUAGAUUAUAGAAAUCCUAAUGGAAUGAUUUUGUAUUGUCGUACUCAGCUGUCAUCAUUUGAUAAGGAAUUAAAGGCAGAUGAAGCUCAGCACUUGACGCCUCCUACUUGUUCAGUGUACAUACCGGAACAAUCUCAAAAAAUCCCCUCUUUUAAAAGCUUCUUCUUUGAUUCUUCGUCACUUUCAAGAUAUCAUAAAGUUGUGGAUGUGAUUAGAGCGCUGGUGGAAUGUGAUGAGCACGCAUGUUUAUACUUUUCCAUGAUUACCAUCGGAUCGUGGGUAGGCAAGUUUGAUAUUGGCCAUAGCCGUCUCACUUCGUGGCUGGGAUUGAAUUUUUAGCAUCGGCACUGCUGGGACGCUAGGGCGGCCUGGAUGCCGGUUUUCUUUCUAUAACUUUCCCGUCAGACGGUGCCUUGGGAUGCUGGUUAUUAUAGGACAGUACUGGUAUAGUAUGGUGCGUCAAGUUUUUUUUAUGCCACCUCAUUAUCAAAGUUAAAUGUUUUCAAAAUGUAUAUUGUGUUAAAUCUUGCUUGGUUAAUUUGAUUGUGCUCAAUUCUUUUAAUAUGAAAUUUGUUAUAGUUUAUUUAUU